AUUUUGUAUUUUGACGAGGAAGCGGUGGAAGACUGAAGAAACACAAAACAACGCGUAAAAAUCAUUUGAUUACCAGAUUUUUCAGUUCGGGUUUGAAACCCUAAACCAUGCUUGCUGGGUUUCUCCUCCAUUUACUAUCUGCCAAGAGGAAGAAUCGCUGAAUUCCAUACUUCUAAAGCUUUUACAUCUAGCCGGAAAAUGAGCGGGGACGACGAUAGCCGGAAACGGAGAAACCAAUGGCCGCCGGCGCCGGCCAGGCCCUAUGAAAACAAAGAGGAAGACAUGAAGAUCUGGGGGAUUUUCAUCUUCGGCUUCAUUGGCGCCACCGCAACUACUUUGGCGGUCUUUCAGCUUCGUAGGACUAUUGAUUGGGUCUCUUCUCAGUUGUUCAGGUCACCGACUUGGAGAGCAGGGAGCGGUGGUUCACAUCGGAAGUCGUUCCAGGAGGAGGCGUGGAAAAGAUAUAAUCGGCGCAUGCAGGAGGAGUAUGAAGAAGAAUUGGAAAGAGUGGAACGUAUAAGACGUAUGCAGAGUGUGUUCAAUAGAGAGAGGAACAAAUACAAAAGGGGCUAUGAGAGCUGGAGGGAAAAUGGCCAGGGUCAAUCUCAUCAACAUUUCCAAAGAGAGGAUUGGUAUUGGAAGACGGAGACAGCCUUUAAAGACCGGAGGAGUAACUACAGGGAAACGCCUAGAGAACAUGGCAACUAUUUGUUAUCACAGCACUACUCAAUUUUAGGCCUUGACAGGUUCAGAAAGGCACCUUACACGGAUGCUGAGAUCAAGACAGCAUUUAGGACCAAGGCAAAGGAGUUCCACCCAGAUCAAAACCAAGAUAAUAAAGAUGCUGCUGAAGCAAAGUUCAAAGAAGUAAUGAUGUCCUAUGAGGCCAUAAAGAAGGAGAGGGGAAACUUAUAAAAUCUAUGUAUCUGUUGGGGACAAAUUCAUAUAUAGUAGUGUACUGGAAGCAGGAAGGGUAAUGAAGUGACAACAGGGCACUGCAUUUUUUUUGCCCUAUUAGUCGACAGCAAACAACCCAAAGUUUGGAGUAGAAUAAUUUUCUCAUACCCAGGAUUCCGGGAAGAGCUCUUUCAAGCUCGUGUAAUAUUGUAUUAUACACGGAUGAUUGGUACAUUUUUUAAUACCUACAUACAGUAGAGAAGGUCUCUGUAUUUGGAGAAAACACUUUUAUACAGGCAGGAGGCAUUGUAUAUAAGUCUCAGUUU